CAAGCUACUUCAAUUUUGUAAAAAUGGCAAACUUCAGCGGGGCUGCAUGAAAGAGGUUGCUGCAGAAUUCAGCAUCUCAUCCAAAACAGUUGGAAAGAUAUGGAGUAUAGCUAAGACUCAAAUGCAGGGAGGUCUACCUGUGGAUGUUCAGUGCAAGUGGAUAGGGAAUUCUGGAAAGAAAGGGGUGACUGUUGACACGCAAAAAAUGUUAGCAAUACCCUUUCACAGAAGGAAGAACAUGCGUGCCUUAGCCUAUGCAAUGGAUGUUUCAAAAUCAACAGUCCAAAGGUGGCUAAAGGGCAAGGCCAUAAGAAGACAUUCUAAUGCCAUAAAGCCUUUUCUGUGUGAAAAAGGUAAGCUCAAGAGACUUAAAUACUACUUGGAUCAUAUUACUGCCCCAUCAAUUCCCAUAAACCCCACAUUUCAUCAUUUCUAUGACUACAUUCAUAUUGAUGAAAAAUGGUUUAACAUCACAAAGGAAAAGACAACAUUUUAUGCACUACCAGAAGAACCAGACCCAUACAGAACUGCUCAAUCAAAGGCUCACAUACCAAAAAUCAUGUUCCUAGCAGCGGUUGGUAGGCCUAGGUUUGGGAAUGAUGGGGAUGUCCUCUGGGAUGGGAAAAUAGGUAUAUUCCCAUUCACAUAUGAAGCUGAGGCCAAAAGGUGUAACACCCGCCUUCCGUGGACCCGAUUCACCCGCGACCUAACGGACCGGUAGGGUUACAUGGGCGGUCCGAGAACCGUCCGUAGAGAAAAGAACAUUAAUGUCCAUUUAUUUUGAAAACGGUUAUGAUUAAUUGGUAAAAUAAAUGCUAGGGAGUUACCCCCAAAACGUGUGUGAUAUAAAUGCAGAGUAAAAGCGGAAGUAAUUA